AAGAAAAAAAAAAAAAGAAACAUUUCCUUUUUGGAUCCUGUGAAGGACGCCGGCCAAAACUUUUCCUUUUUUUUUCUUUUUAUAAAAAAAAAAACUUAGACUUGGCGAUGGGCUCCGCCGGGCGCUGACGCUCAAACGAGCAAAUCCACUCGCCAUUCACCGGGAACGAUCGACUAUUAAAGAGGAAAAGAGAAGGAGAAUUUGCAUUUUUUUCUCAGCUGGAAUACAGGAAACGGGAUCAGACAAAGGUGGAUCAUGUUACCGGUCGGGAUCUGGGGAUGGAUAACGCCGCUUCUUCUGCCGCUGCUCCUGGAUACGGGGAAGAGAUGUUCCGCCACCGAUGGGGGGACGCUGCAGGCGUACAUGCCCAACGUGUGCCCAGAGAGGGAGAUGACCAUAGUGGCCCACAAACAGCCGGUGGUGGAAGCCUACAGCCGAAUGGUCAAGGUCUGGAAGCAAGGCUGUGCUGGGCAGAUGUGGUGCAUCGGAUAUGAGCGGAGAACGGCGUACUACACGACCUACCGCCAGGCGUACAGCCGGGAGUAUCAGACUGUGAAUAAAUGCUGUCCUGGGUGGUCCCAGCUGAACGGGGAGGCAGGUUGUCGUCACUCCGCCUGCAACGCCGGCAUUUGUUUCAAUGGAGGAAAUUGUGUAGAAGGAUCGUCCCAGCGAUGUCUCUGUCCCUCCGGAUUUCAAGGACCGCGCUGCCAGUAUGAUGUUAAUGAGUGCGAGACCGCGAACGGGGGAUGCGAGGUGCAGUGCUGCAAUACGAUCGGAAGUUUCUACUGCAAGUGUCCAGAGGGCCAAACGCUGAAGGAGGAUGGAAAGAGCUGCCAAGAUGUCGACGAGUGCCAGGUCCAUAACGGCGGCUGCCAGCAGCGCUGCGUCAACACUCCGGGGUCGUAUCGCUGCGAGUGUAAAGCGGGCUUCCGCCUCCACGCGGACAGCAGGUCCUGCAUCACGGUGUACUCCUGCUCUGUCGGAAACGGCGGCUGUGAACAUGACUGCGUGCAGAUCACCGUGGCUCAUUACCAGUGCCGCUGCCGGAACAGCUACCGGCUGAAAGAAGACGGGAAGCACUGCGAAUUAACCAAUCCGUGUUCUUCGCGCAACGGAGGAUGCAUGCAUCAAUGUAACAAUGAUGGAGGAGUCGUCAGAUGUUCCUGCCACCCCGGAUAUGCAUUGGCAGCUGAUGGCAAGAUGUGUGAAGACAUUAACGAGUGCGUGACGGGGCAGGCCAUGUGUGCGCACAGCUGUCUCAAUACUCGCGGCUCCUUCCACUGCGGUUGCAGUCCCGGCUACGAGCUUGGAGUUGAUGGAAAGCAGUGCUACAGGAUAGAGAUGGAGAUCAUUAACAGCUGUGAAGUAAACAAUGGCGGAUGCUCCCAUGAUUGUCGCCACAGCGGUACGGGUCCUCUCUGUCUGUGCCCGCAAGGGUUGGAUCUGGAUUCCGAUGGGAAAACCUGUGUUGAUGUUGAUGAGUGCAGCAACGGCGCCUCCUGCUGUCAGCAAGUUUGUUCCAACUAUGUCGGCGGCUAUGAGUGCAGCUGCUAUCCAGGAUAUCGGCUCAACCACGAUGGCUGCGGCUGUGAUGAUGUGAAUGAAUGUUUAUCGAACAAUGGGGGAUGCAGCCAAGUGUGUGAGAACCUCCCUGGGUCAUCCGCCUGCAGCUGUAAUCCUGGUUAUAGACUGGACGCCGACGGCAAAGGAUGUACCGCCUUGCAGGGUGCAGGAGGUGGCCAUCGCCCCGUGGAAAACUCUCUUCCUCAAGUGACACUCCUGCGAGAUGAGUUCCCCCAGAUAUUUGAUGAUGAGUACGAUGAAGAUGAAGAAGCAGAAGCCCGUGGCGAGCACACGCUGUCUGAAUCAUUCGUUUGCUUUGAGGGCUCAUUUGGUCCAGACUGCACUUCCACGUGUGAUGACUGUCAGAACGGAGGAGCGUGUAACACAGAGAAGAAUGGCUGCGCCUGUGCUGCUGGAUGGACUGGACUCAUAUGCAAUCAGACUUGCCCAGAAGGCACCUUUGGCCAGAACUGCAGCCUGACCUGUAAGUGUAAAAACGGAGGGACCUGCGACCCGAUCACCGGAGGAUGCCGCUGUCCGCAGGGCGUGAGUGGGGAGUUCUGCGAAGACGGUUGUCCAAAAGGUUAUUAUGGUAAGAGCUGUAAGAAGAAAUGCAACUGUGCCAACAAGGGCCGAUGUCACAUGGUUCAGGGGGCGUGUCUGUGCGAGGCCGGCCUCUACGGCCGAUACUGCCACCUAGCUUGCCCGAAAUGGACAUUUGGGUCGGGUUGCUCCAAAGAGUGCACCUGUGUUCAGAGCAACACCCUGGAGUGCAGCAAAAAGGACGGCGCCUGCGCCUGCAGACCAGGCUACCUCGGGGCAUCCUGCGAAACGCAAUGUGACGCCGGAUUUUAUGGCAUCGGCUGCAAGAGUAAAUGCGAGUGCCCACCUGGAGUGACCUGCGACCACACAAAUGGGAAGUGUCUGAGGCUGUGUCCAGAGGGAUACCAAGGGGACAACUGUGACCAAGAGUGCCUGGCAGGGAAAUAUGGAAAGCAGUGCCUGCAGAGCUGUUCGUGUGGUGGAGCUCCAUGCAACCAUAUUGAUGGCACGUGCCUAUGUCCAGCUGGCAAAACCGGCUCAGAUUGUUCAGAAGAGUGCCCAGCAGGGCUGUGGGGGCUCCGGUGCCAGGAGAUCUGCCCCCUCUGCGAGAACGCCGGCAGAUGUAACCCAGCCACGGGGGAGUGCGUCUGUGCGCCCGGACAUAGCGGCAGCCAUUGCGCCGUUAAAUGUCCUUCUGGAUGGUUUGGCCAAGGAUGCCAGUCAAGGUGUUCUUGUCAGGAUGAUGGGCAGUGUGACCCUGUAACUGGUAGAUGCUCUUGCCCACCUGGAUGGACGGGCCAUAACUGUCGGAGAGCCUGUGACAGCGGACAAUGGGGAGCGGACUGUCUUAACAGCUGUAACUGCAGCAACAGCUACUGGGGCUGUAACUCGGUGACGGGAGACUGUAUCUGCGAACCGGGCUACACCGGGAGACACUGCGAUCAGAAGUGCCCCGCUGGUUGGUACGGUUCCGAUUGUCGGCACCAGUGUCCGUGUGACAACGGGGCGCAGUGUGACCAUGUCAGUGGAGUCUGCACCUGUGCGCCGGGCUGGAGAGGGGCCUAUUGUGAACUCCCCUGUCCAGAGGGAUUCUACGGCACGGACUGUACCAACAGCUGCAAGUGUGCCAAUGGCGGUAGCUGUGACCAUGUUAGCGGGACCUGCACUUGUCUAGAUGGCUGGAUUGGCUCCACCUGCAACCAAAAGUGCCCAGAGGACAGAUAUGGAAGUGAAUGCAAAGAGAAGUGUCAUUGUUUUAAUGGUGCGCGGUGUGACCAUGCCAGCGGGGAGUGUGUCUGUGCCGCGGGGUGGACCGGAGCACAAUGCCAGCAAGCCUGCCCAGAUGGUUCCUACGGGGAGAACUGCCUUCAGCAUUGUAUCUGCAGGAAUGGCGGAGCGUGUCCCAACGGCUGGACGGGACUGGCUUGUGAACAAGAGUGCUCUCCGGGGACAUACGGGGACAGCUGUCUGCAGAACUGCACAUGUCAGAACGGAGGAAUCUGCAACCGAGAGACGGGGACCUGCGUGUGCCUGGCUGGGUGGGUGGGAGAAUCGUGUCAGCACGCCUGUCCAGAGGGAACCUUCGGAGUCCAGUGCCAGGAGAAAUGCCAAUGUCACCACGGCCUGACCUGUCACCACGUUAGCGGCAUUUGUGACUGCGACCGGGGCUGGAGGGGAAAACACUGCGAUAAACCCUGCCUCCCCGGCUCCUUCGGCGAUCACUGCUCGCAGCUCUGCAACUGCCCUCCAGGAACAGCGUGCAAUCACAUGACUGGCCAGUGCGGAUGUCCUCCGGGGUUCACCGGCAACGGCUGUGAUCAAACUUGUAUUCCAGGUACCUACGGCUUGAACUGUGCUAAAAUCUGCCAGUGCCCCGGCCAGCAUCAAGACUGCCACCCGGUGACCGGGGAGUGUAUCUGCGCCUCCGGCUACUAUGGUCACACCUGUCAGCUGAAAUGCGCCAGUGGAUUUUAUGGGCGGAACUGUGAGCACCGCUGCAAAUGCAAGAACGGCGGUCACUGCGAUGCCACCACCGGAGCGUGCCACUGCCCAUCGGGCUACCUGGGGGCAGAUUGUGGAACAGCCUGUCCCGCCGGGCGUUACGGAAAAGGCUGCUCUCACGUGUGCCGCUGCGGUCCCAAUGGCUCCUGUGAUCAUGUGACUGGUGAAUGCGCCUGCGCAGCUGGAAGAACUGGUCUGCACUGUGAACACGAGUGUGCCAAGGAUCACUUUGGUUUAGACUGCCGACAGCUUUGCUCCUGCAAAAAUGGAGCUCUGUGUGACCCGGUGAAUGGAUCGUGCCGCUGUGGCUUGGGGUGGAAGGGCCCGACCUGCGAGGAAGGGUGCCCCCCCGGGAAAUACGGCCCCUCCUGUCAGAUGGAGUGUUCCUGCCUCCACAAUGGCACAUGUGAUCGAGUGUCGGGCACCUGUCACUGUACGAAGGGCUACUACGGAAAUCAGUGCCAACACGCUUGUCCGCCGGGAUUCCAUGGAGAAAACUGCCGGGAGAGGUGCCAGUGUGAAAAUGGAGCAUCAUGUGACCCCGCCACCGGCGUCUGUCUGUGCCCGCCCGGCUUCUAUGGUGAAGAAUGUGAGAGAGUUUGUGAGACGGGAAGCUACGGAGAAAACUGUGAGAAGUUGUGUCAGUGUGAGGGGAACGGAGCGUGCGAUCCGGGGAGCGGAGCCUGUGUGUGUCCCCCGGGGAGGACCGGAGACACCUGUGAUAUAGAAUGCAGAACAAACUUCUAUGGACCCAACUGCAGCCUGAGCUGUGAGUGCGGCUGGAAUUCCCAAUGUAACUCUCUGACCGGAGGCUGCAUCUGUCUGCAGAGAUUUAUUGGCCACAACUGCCGAGAAGGAGGCCCACCAGAACUUGUGUCAGAGCAACUCCAAGCACUUCUCAAUGCACCGCCUCGACCUCCACAUCAGUCCUCGGUUAGAUAUUUAAUACAUUCAAGUAAGCAAAAGCCAUAGACAAUUAUUUUUUUUCUUAGGAAUAUAAAUCACGACAAGCCACUGUACGACCGCGAUUUGACCUGUAAAAGGAAACAGACGACUAAAGAACUUAUUUUUCAAAAAGGACGCCAAGAGCGAAAGAUGACUUGUGUUAAUUAAACUUGAAGGUCCGAGUUGAAAGGACCAGAUGGGACAUCCCAAUACGCCUUGUUGAGUCAUAACCAAUGACACACACACCGGAAAUUCAGCGUUUGAUCUCUUGAGAAUUUGGUUUCUGUUGCCUAAAUGGAAGUGAAGAUGGAUUAUCUUAAAAUGCCAGAGAGAAAUUUCAAAGUGCAAGUGGGUUGUCUUGAGUUAUGGUGAUACGGUAAGCAAGAGGACCUUAUAUUCCAUGGUGGAACUUCACAAGCCCAACUGAUCUCUUGGAUAUUCCAUGGUGGAACUUCACAAACCCAACUGAUCUCUUGGAUAUUCCAUGGUGGAACUUCACAAACCCAACUGAUCUCUUGGAUAUUCCAUGGUGGAACUUCACAAACCCAACUGAUCUCUUGGAUAUUCCAUGGUGGAACUUCACAAACCCAACUGAUCUCUUGGAUAUUCCAUGGUGGAACUUCGUAAACCCAACUGAUCUUUUGGAUAUUCCAUGGUGGAACUUCACAAACCCAACUCAUCUCUUGGAUAUUCCAUGGUGGAACUUCACAAGCCCAACUGAUCUCUUGGAUAUUCCAUGGUGGAACUUCACAAACCCAACUGAUCUCUUGGAUAUUCCAUGGUGGAACUUCGUAAACCCAACUGAUCUUUUGGAUAUUCCAUGGUGGAACUUUACAAACCCAACUGAUCUCUUGGAUAUUCCAUGGUGGAACUUCACAAGCCCAACUGAUCUCUUGGAUAUUCCAUGGUGGAACUUCACAAGCCCAACUGAUCUCUUGGAUAUUCCAUGGUGGAACUUCACAAACCCAACUCAUCUCUUGGAUAUUCCAUGGUGGAACUUCACAAGCCCAACUGAUCUCUUGGAUAUUCCAUGGUGGAACUUCACAAACCCAACUGAUCUCUUGGAUAUUUCAUGGUGCAACUUCAUAAGCGCAACUGAUCUCUUGGAGGCCUCAUGACUAUUUGGAAGCUCCAAGCUAGAUAAACGUAAUCAAGGGAUGUUCUUGGCGUUGGUACGACUUUGGUCUUCAUAUGUCACACUAUUUUAAACUUGUUAGUCUUAUUCAAGGAAAAAAAACAACAGUUAAAUGUCUAUUUAUGUCAAUUUUACAAGACUGAACGCUCUUUGAAACUCCAGCCAGAGGGCCGUACGUAUCUGGAGGCCACAUGUGUUGUAC